AUGGACAACACACACCAAGGCGCAAGCGCAAGCGCAGGGCUUAGCAAGUAUGUGACGCUCAUAUCAAGUGAUGGAUUCGAGUUCGUUGUCUUGCGCGAGGCUGCUUGUAUAAGCGGCGCUAUCAAGAGGAUGUUGGACCCAAAGAGCAAGUCUUCCCUUUUCCACUCUUCAGAGCUCUGCUCUCAUCCUCAAGAGAAGCCAAAGCCUGUGUACCUCCGUACUCUGCUGACAUUUACCCACAGGUGGCUUCUCUGAAGCAGCGACGGGUAGAUGCACCUUUGCAGAGAUCAAGUACGUUCUACGUUCGCCGAAUUCCCAAUCAAUUUCAUCUGCGGAAAGAUGGGUCCUCUCCACCUUGAAAAAGGUCACCGUACAGGGAGGAUAAAAAUCUUCGCAGUCUAUGAUUACAUCCAAGCUUUUGCAUACAGAACCUCUUGCUCCUUGAGUAGGAUGCGACGCUGGACGAUGCCAUAAUACACUUGAUAUGAGACUCGCAUUUGUUCUUUGUCUAUCUUUGCUACACACAUAUUAAGGAAGGUACUAACGUCAGCUCGAUAGUGGAAUCGUCCUCGAAAAGGUUGCGGAAUAUUUCUACUACAACUACAAGAACCGGGAUCGAGAGGAUGUUCCUGAUAUGGAAAUCCCACCGGAGCUUUGUCUUGAAUUACUGAUGGCGGCGGAUUUCCUGGACAGUAAGCUGAUGUGUCGUCCACGACAAUACUCCCGCUAACAUGGUUCCUAGCAUGAGAAACGAAUUAAUGAAAGGCGUCAACGGUCACUGCGGAGACAGGAUGAGCAUAUCUGCAAUGGAGUUGGGGCGAUUUUACAAUCUCGAAUAGAAUCCCACUUCCGCCUCCUAUUUUCCUAGCAAACAUACGUGACGCCGUUGAAUCGAAAUCAACCUCACACCCAUUUGAGCAUAUGCGUUCAACUCACUCUUCCGUGGGUUGAACGUCUAUAGAUGAUGGAAGAAUGAAACUUUUCCAAUUGCUGGGCCUAUUUCUGUUUUCUCAAAGAAGGUGGCCUUGCUUUCGGGAUACAUCAAUGUUGCCCAUCAAGAUCCAUUUGGAUUACUUGAGCAGCUUCGGAAUACGCAAUUCUCAGA